GCCUACAGGGCGGAAGCGGAAACAGAAAGCUGCGCACGGCGUGGGGACGACUCAGCGGCCCGCAGCCAUGCGCGGCUUGGCGGAGCGGGGUUCCAGCUGCACGGCAGCCCCGUGCGGGUGCGCCCAGCCGGCCCUGGAGACAGGAAAUCUUUUCACUGAGCCAAUAGGCUACUUGGAAUCAUGUUUCACGGCCAAGAAUGGUACUCCAAGGCAGCCAUCCAUCUGUAGCCACUCCAGAGCCUGUUUGAAGAUCAGAAAGAGCAUCUUUAAUAAUCCUGAACAUUCCUUGAUGGGCCUAGAACAGUUUUCUCAUGUUUGGAUUUUGUUUGUUUUUCACAAAAAUGGCCAUUUGAACUACAAGGCAAAAGUGCAGCCGCCUAGGCUGAAUGGGGCGAAGACUGGAGUGUUCUCCACAAGGAGCCCACAUCGCCCUAAUGCGAUAGGACUGACGCUGGCCAGGCUGGAGAAGGUGGAAGGUGGCGCUGUGUACCUGUCUGGAAUUGACAUGAUCCACGGCACACCUGUGCUCGACAUAAAGCCCUACAUUGCUGACUAUGACUCACCACAGAACUUGCAGCCUUUGGAGGACUUGACUAUGCAGAAUAACCGCCAUGAGCCGAGGGCUGCGUCCCAGGCUGCUGGCACAGCUGACAGUUGUGACCAGCGCCUGCUCUCAGGGUGUGGGAAAGCACAGCACUGCCAGAGCGCUGAGGAGACACCGAAAUGCCUUGAAGACAGAACCCCAGAAGAAAACUCCCGGAAGUCUAGAGACAGCACGGGAACCCAGCACCUUGUACCUGAGGAUGGAGAGAGAAGAGUGGAUUUGGUGCUGGAAUCAAGCAGAGGUGACAGCGUGGGUAUGGCUGAAGAGCAGCCUGGCCCACGGGAUCCGAAGAGCUCUCGGAACGAAGGCACAGAUAGGUCAGGGAACAUGGACCACGCCUUGGCCCUGCAGGGGAGCAGCGCAGAGACACCGUGGGCUUCCUGCAGCGCCCAGACAGCCGACAGAGCGCCCUGCAGCGCCGGGACAGCCGACAGAGCGCCCUGCAGCGCCGGGACAGCCGACAGAGCGCCCUGCAGUGCCGGGACAGCCGACCGAGCGCCCUGCAGCGCCGCCGGGACAGCCGACAGAGCGCCCUGCAGUGCCGGGACAGCCGACAGAGCGCCCUGCAGUGCCGGGACGGCCGACAGAGCGCCCUGCAGUGCCGGGACGGCCGACAGAGCGCCCUGCAGUGCCGGGACAGCCGACAGAGCGCCCUGCAGCGCCCGGACAGCCGACAGAGCGUCCUGCAGCGCCGCCGGGACAGCCGACAGAGCGCCCUGCAGCGCCCGGACAGCCGACAGAGCGCCCUGCAGCGCCGCCGGGACAGCCGACAGAGCGCCCUGCAGUGCCGGGACAGCCGACAGAGCGCCCUGCAGUGCCGGGACGGCCGACAGAGCGCCCUGCAGUGCCGGGACGGCCGACAGAGCGCCCUGCAGUGCCGGGACAGCCGACAGAGCGCCCUGCAGCGCCGCCGGGACAGCCGACAGAGCGCCCUGCAGCGCCGGGACGGCCGACAGAGCGCCCUGCAGUGCCGCCAGGACAGCCGACAGAGCGCCCUGCAGUGCCGCCGGGACAGCCGACAGAGCGCCCUGCAGUGCCGUCCCCACCUGGGUGAGGGAGGCUCCUGCAGCCUCCUUACGAGUCCGGUUUACUCCUCAUGCAGACAUGGACCUGAGGAAGCUCAGUUCAGGAGAUGCCGGUCGGAUGCCCUUUAAAUACUUGCAGUCCACAGAGGAAGCCAGGUGUGCCAUUGAGGCUGUGCUGUCCGCAGACCCUCGGUCUGUGUACCGACGGAAGCUCUGUCAGGACCGCCUUUUCUUCUUCACUGUCGACACGGCGCACGUCACGUGCUGGUUUGGCGAUGGCUUUGCUGAGGUUCUGCGGAUUCAACUGGCUUCUGAGCCUGUUGAGAUGACUGACCCUGAGGAGUCCUUGGUGGCUCUGGGGUCUUGAGCCCCAUGGUGUUUUUAGACAGCCCAGUUGACCUCUGGAUGUACCUGCUCUUGUUGUUUUACUGCUUUGGUUGGCACCUUUUAAAAUAUUGAUUUGAGCCGGGUGCUGGUGGCGCACACCUUUAAUCCCAGCACUUGGGAAGCAGAGCCAG